AUGAGCAGCUACGGCUCAAUCCACGGCGCUGACCCCACGCCAGAUUUUGAGCCGCAGCAAAGCAUGAGUCUCGUUGAUCGCUUGUAUGCCUACGAUUUGACAUGGUCAACCAAGCUCUACCGUCGCUUCGGUCGUGAUCCGACACCGCGUCUAUGUUGGGAGAUAUUCUCCCACUCGGGCGAUGGCUUCCUCUGGAUCCUUACAAUCCCUCCACUCAUGGGGCUGCUUUGGGUCGCUGGUCUGAUCGGGCCCUUUGAACCUGCCACGAAGAUACUACUGUCAACGCUCUACACUGUCAUGACAGUGGAUAUCUUUGCCAUUAUGCUGCUGAAGCUGGUAUUUCACCGCCAACGACCACCCUUUCAUGAGGCAGACAUGCGCUUUGUAGGCCCAGACCAGCAUUCGUUCCCGUCAGGACACUCCACGCGGGUGUGGGCUAUCGUGGCUAUGCUCGUGUACUUUGCAGAGACGCAUCCGUGGAUUCUUCGCCAAUUUUUUCUCGGUCUUUCUCCGUCUAUGCUGGUUGUAAUGUCCGUCAUCUGGGCGCUGAUCAUCAAUUUCUCGCGUCUGGCGCUUGGCCGGCAUUACCCGACCGAUGUGCUUGCCGGCUCGCUGAUAGGAUUGUUCAUAGUCUGGCCGAUCGCGCUCUUCUUCGUCCAAAAAUUUAACGGGAUGCUGGACGUGCCUCCCCCACUGUUUUGA